CCAUAAUUUCCACCACCAACAAAACAAGGAAAUCAUCGACAUCAAACAUGGCGGUAGCACAAAGACGGACGUAUCUUUUUUAUUUCAGGAACUGAUCCUGAUAUUCAGCCUUCUGCUGGGGCCAAUUUAUUUUGAUGGAGCAAACGGCGCAGACCAGCCCGACAUGUACAAAGUCAUUUAUAUGCGGUGCCUGAAGGGAGACGCAAACCUUGAUGGGAUUAUCACGCAGGCAGAGUUCUCUGCCGUCUUCCAGGCAUUCGACAAGAAUGGCGACGGCGCAGUGACCCGUGACGAGUAUGUGGAUGGAUGGGUGGCCCUGACCAAACAGACUCGGGACGUAGCCAACGCCUACUUUCACGUUGCUGACCUAAACCACGACAAUGUCAUUGAUCAGGAUGACUAUGCCGGGAUGUACACUUUGUUCGACCAAAACGGUGACGGGGCGCUGACAUUCCAAGAAUGUGUGCAAGAAGCGGAAAAUGUCGUGCGCGCGACGCCGUUUUCCGAGCUGUUCGAGAAGUCAGACAGGAACAAGGAUGAGUUCCUGACAAAGGCCGAGUUCAGAACAUUCUUCCAGUCCUUUGAUAAUGACGACGACUCUCGAAUCGACACCCGUGAGUGUGAUGCUGGCUGGGCGCUCCUCGACUAUGCCCGGAAGUGGGACGCUGACAGUCUGUUCCGGUGUAUCGACACCAACGGUGACCGCUACAUCACCGAAGCCGAGAUGGAUAAGCUGUUCGGCCAGUACGACAAAAAUGCUGACGAUAAGCUUGAUCUGCAAGAAGUAAAACUGAUGAAAGGACUGCUUGUGAAACCGAAAUACACUUCACACUGAGGACAGACCUAUCACUGAGGACAAACCAACCACUGAGGGCAACUUACACACAGCCAGUGAGGACUUCAAACACCAUUUUCUGAGGACAUCACACACGAAUAUCUUUAAAUAAAAAAAUCUUUAUAUAAAAAAUGUAUUAUUAAUCACUGUGUGUUAUGUUAUUUUCAUAAUAAGAAAUAUUAUUCUUUGAUAUU